CGCAAUGUGAUGUUACAAAAAUUUCGCGGCAAAAAAAAUUUGUUGUGUUUGUUGUGGACUCGGAAGUUUUCGGCUGUGCAGAUAGAAAAAGGAGAUUUACUCGUCUGAUUUCUGGUUAGAAGCAUUAGUAGUGCUACUUGUGCCGUGUUGUUGGUUCAAAAGAAGAGGGAAAAUGCCGAAAGCACGAGGAAAAACCGCACGUUCGCGCCAGCAAGAUGAGGACUCAGACAUGGAGACAGACCCUCCGACCCAGGCCAGCCAGACCACCCUCACACAGGCACAACGUGCUGCCGAGUCCCUCAGCAGGCAGGAGAUAGAGAGGAAGGUGAAUGAAGUGGUGCAGUUUUUCCUCAUCAUGGAGCAGAAAAAGGCAGCUGUGAAAAGGGCAGACAUCACCAAGCACAUCCUGAAGGAGCACAGCAAAGUCUUCCCUGUGGUGCUGGAGAAGGCCAAGAAGAAACUGAGGGAGGUAUUUGGUGUGAGUGUUGAGGAGUUGGAAGGGAAGGACAAGCGGUACAUCCUGGUGAACCUGGUCGACACCCCUGAUGGACAGGACCACCUCAACAUGCUUGAUGAGGGCCCGAAGUCUGGCCUGCUGCUGGUAGUUCUCAGCCUCAUCUUCAUGAAGGGGAAUGUCAUCCAGGACACUCUGUUGUGGCACACACUGAAGAGGCUGGGCAUCCAGGAGAACCAACCCCAUGAAGUGUUAGGAGAUGUGAAGAGUCUGCUGACAAAGGAGUUCACACGACAGCUGUAUCUGGAGUAUAAGAGGGUCCCCCAGUCAGACCCUCCGUCCUUCGAGUUCCGCUGGGGUCCGCGGGCGCACAAGGAGACCACCAAGAGGAGGGUGCUACAGUUUGUGUCAAAGAUGUACGGCAGUGAGAGUCUGGAGAUCUGGACUUCUCAGUACCAGGACGUGCUGCGAUCAGAGGGUGGGGAGGGGGGCGGGCAAUGAGGCCAAACUGCAAUAUCUUCAUCACAUUGGGUAGCCUUUGCCAGGCUUCAGAAGUAGGCGGAAAGAGUAGAAAUUGGCCAAAUAGACAGAUGAUUCUGGUCCACUAAAGGGAGGAGCAAAUUAUACUUCUUUUACAAACUCCCCUGGCAUGUUAUCUGUGUACAAAUGUAUUUGGCCAAUGUCAACUCUUUCAGCCGCUAUAGGAGCCUGGUAGAGGCUACACAUGAGGUGUCUAGGGCUUCAGGCUAACACUGGCCUGGAUGCCAGCCUUAUUAGCUUUAUUACAAUCUCUCAUCAUUUCCCUGGGAAAAAGGCCCACACAUAUUCUGUUUGGCAUUUUAUCAUUUUGUUCAGCAGAGGCCUUGCCCAGCACGUGACAGUUGAAUUGACUUUUUACGUGACGUCAUCACCAAGCAGAUAGACCAUGUGCACGUGCAGUCUAUUUGGUAGGAAAGGGGGACUGAGAGCGUGUUAAAGCUAAGAUUUCUGGCAUCAGGACAGGCUAACACAGAUGUGAGAAAGAUUACAUUCCAAAGAUCUGUUGCAUUUUAAAGAUAUUGAAAGUAAUAUUUACAGGCCAUCAUUCUUGAACAGAUUAAAACAACCUUGGCAUAAAAGGUGGAAGAUUUACAAAGUAGUAUUUUGGAAGAGUGUUUUGUACACGAAAUAGUCUUUAGUCUCCUGUUGUACAUUAUGUACAAAGUGUACAGAGUUUGACAUUUAGUCAGUUUACAGGCCAGCAUUAUUGUACUACUAGUAGUACAUGUCUUAAGUUUGAUGCAAUAAUGCAGUCACAAAAAUGAGCAACACACUUGGCUCUUAUGUACAUGUAUUAUAAACCUGGACUGCUUCAGAUCUACAUAUUCUAUACAUGCACAUUAUGUUACACCAGUUUCAGAUUAAGACUUUCUUUAAUCUAGGCUGACUCUUUACAAGAUGUUGUUUUCCUAUACUUACGCACAUUUGUUAACAUUUUACCCUUACUCUUCACUUCUAGACAAUGUUAUUGUUGAAGAUCUAACAUUAGAAAUUAGUAGUUUCCCAUUCUUUCUUUUAUGUACAUGUAUGGAGUUCACAUUGUCAAAGCACUUUUGCACUUUUCUACAUAGUAUUUUUACUGUUUGUCAAUCGUUCGACAAAACUAGUUCCAAGUUGGCCUUACUAACUUAUUAAAAAGAAUAUUGAAAUACAUCAAA